GGGUGCGCCUGCGGACGCUACCUCAGGUCAGCAGAAAGAGUGUACGUAGCUAGAGCGCGAGCUAGAUUGUGAGCAGGAGCGACCGAGCUCGAUUCGUCUUCGGCCGUCGAGAUCGAUCAUGGCGAACGCGGGUCUGAAGCCGGUGGCCGGGCUCCUGCUGGUGCUCAACUUCUGCAUGUACGUGAUCGUGGCGGCGGUCGGCGGCUGGGCCAUCAACCACGCCAUCAACUACGGCUUCUUCAUCGGCUCCGGGCUGGAGCUCCCGGCGCACUUCUCCCCGAUCUACUUCCCCAUCGGCAACGCGGCGACCGGGUUCUUCGUCAUCUUCGCGGUGAUCGCUGGGGUGGUCGGCGCGGCCGCGGCGCUCGCGGGGUUCCACCACGUCCGCGCCUGGAGCUCCGAGAGCCUGCCGGCGGCGGCCUCCUCCGGGUUCAUCGCCUGGACGCUCACCCUGCUCGCCAUGGGACUGGCCGUCAAGGAGAUUGAGUUGCACGGCAGGAACGCCAGGCUGAUCUGCAUGGAGUCCUUCACCAUCAUCCUGUCGGCGACGCAGCUCUUCUACCUGCUCGCCCUACACGGAGGGAGGUGAAGACGAUGAGCCUGGCCUGAGAUCGAUCGAUCGGGUCGUACUGCCUGCCGAGAGAUAGACUGUAAGAUUGGUUGGGUGUCGAAUUGGGAGGUGAUGCAUCGGUUUCAUCGGUCUGUUGCGGGUUUCUUCCGAGAUGGAGAGGCAGAACGUACGUGUAUCUCUCUCUGUGUAUGUGUGUGUGUUUGUGUUUAAUUGUACGUACGGGCGUACGGCAUGUGUUGGGGGUUGAUGAAUUGAGUGGCGUCAAUUCAACAAUGGUGGGUUCGAUUGGCUCCGUGUGAUACGUCGAUUGUUUCCGAGGUGGAGGGCAAGUAUGUGACCGAGUACUAGUA